AUGGUAUCCACUCGUUCCAAUCGCUACCCGCGGCCAAGUUACAGGGAGAAGCAGGAAUCUGAUUUGAAACCUGAUGCGUGGGACUCUGAUUCUUCAUCAGAUUCAGUCAGCGAGCCAGUAUGGCUGGACGACAAGGCUUUAAGUGACGGCCCAGAAGUAGAUCUGAGCUCUGGCGAUGAGGAAGAUGAUGGUGAACUCAACGAACUGAUUGAUGCGAAUGUGGCAAAAAUGCGUGGCUCGAAAGAAAAGGUCAAGACCAAUGAAGACGAUAACGUCGAUGACGCGACCGUUUCGUUGAAGCUCAAUAAACUACAGGAGUUCGUAAAGCAAAGCCAGGUUUAUUCUGGCAUUAUUGCAGAAACUCUUCUCAACAAGACUCAGGACAAUCACGGGGAGACCAAUGACGAUAAUCCCUCCAAGAAGCGUAGAAAGAUUACAGAUUUUUUCGGCAAGAAAAGCACUGAAGAAACACAAAAGGAUCAGCAACAGCUAGCUCACCAGCAGCCUUCACUAUUACGCAAUUGCCAAUUAAAGCCCUACCAAUUGGAAGGUGUAAACUGGCUGAUCACACUUUAUGAGAACGGACUUAAUGGUAUUCUUGCAGAUGAGAUGGGGCUGGGCAAAACGCUUCAAAGCAUCGCUCUGCUUGCAUUCAUCACCGAAAUGGACACAAAGGGCCCAUUCCUGAUAGCUGCACCUCUAAGCACAGUGGACACUUGGUUAAGUGAGUUUGCAAAAUUCGCGCCAGACAUUGAUGUUCUUAAAUACUACGACUCACUGGGUCAACAGAAGCGGACUUCAAAACUCAAAAGUUUUUUCAAGCGCACCAAGGGCCAGGGUGUAGUUGUCACAUCCUAUGAGAUUAUUAUUCGUGACAUCGAUAUAAUCCUAUCUCAUCAUUGGAAAUUUCUGAUAGUUGAUGAGGGACAUCGAAUCAAGAAUAUCAAUUGCAAGUUAAUUCAAGAGCUCAAGCGAAUCAAUACUUCAAAUCGUUUACUUUUGACUGGAACACCGUUACAGAACAACUUGGCGGAACUGUGGUCCCUUCUUAACUUCAUCUUGCCCGAAAUAUUUGCCGAUUUCGAGAUUUUCCAGAAAUGGUUCGACUUCGGUGACACCGAGCUUGAAAGCUCUUCUCAAGGCCUUAACAAACUGAUAAAUGAGGAGCUCGAGAAGAAUCUCAUAUCGAAUUUGCACACCAUCCUUAAGCCCUUCUUAUUGCGGCGACUAAAAAGUGUGGUAUUGGCGGGUGUCCUUCCUCCCAAACGCGAGUAUCUGAUAAACUGCCAAUUGACGCCGCUCCAGCGAAAGUUCUAUAGAGGCGCCUUGAAAGGCAAGCUCAAGGCGACAGUUUUCAGACAAGCUGUAAAAGAUUUCUAUACGUUGAAUCAAGACCAUAUCGGGCAGGUCAGCAAUAGGACGAUCCGCAAUUUCCUGGAAUGGAAGAGCAGUGACGAGCCAGAACAAACAGAGGACAAACUUCUCAUACAAAUGGACCAGCUGUAUCGAGAGCACAUUCACCGCGCUCUUCUAAACAAAAGUCUCUUGAAUUCAAUGGUUCAGCUACGCCAAAUCGUCGACUCCACGCUAUUGUUUUUUUUCCCACUCGUGGAUCCCUCGCAGCUGACACUGGAGCUACUGCUGAAAACGUCUGGUAAACUACAGGUCUUACAACAGUUGGUGCCACCUCUGAUCCAAAACAAGCAUAAAGUACUCAUAUUCACCCAAUUUGUGACAAUGCUUGAUCUACUGGAAGACUGGUGUGAACUAAACAAUAUCAAGCCUUGUAGAAUUGAUGGCUCCAUGGACAACGAGACCCGUCAAGGUCACAUUGAUGGCUUUAACGAUCCUAAAGGGUCCUUUGAUGUUUUCCUAAUUUCCACUCGCGCGGGUGGUCUGGGAAUCAAUUUGACAGCAGCAGACUCGGUAGUUCUUUUCGACAGUGAUUGGAACCCUCAGGUGGAUUUACAGGCCAUGGACAGAACGCACCGAAUCGGACAAACAGCGCCAGUCGUUGUUUACAGAUUGUGCUGCGACAACACUGUGGAGCACGUUAUCCUAACACGAGCCGCUAGCAAACGUCGACUAGAAAAGAUGGUUAUCCAGAUGGGAAAAUUCAACAAUCUUAAGCGGCUUGCUGGAAGUGAGCAGUCAUUCAUUAGCGGUAUGGGUACCAAUGGUGGCCGCGGACAGCGUCAUCAAGUCAAUUCCAAUAAGGAGCUCAUGAAUGAACUAUCGCAGCUUCUCUUGAGUGGGGAGUCAAGUAUAGGAUUUUCAAGAGGUCUUGACGAUGGUACACUUACGAACGCUGAACUCGACGAGCUGCUGGAUCGUGGUCCCAACUCUUUCAAAGCGGAACGGGCUGAGAAGCAAUGGCCCCAUAUCAGGCUUUUCGAAACAACAAGCAAUGAAAAAUGA